AUGGGGAAACUCAUUCCCAAUGCCUUUAAUCUGGCAGUUGUCAUCUUCGUUGCGCUGGGUUCGACGGCGUGCUCCUAUGGAAUGGCCAUUAUAGGCUCUACGAUAGGACAGCCGAGCUUCUACGAGUCUCUGAAACUUGCUCCUGCGGGCGAACCAGGCUAUGGUCGAACCACUGAAUAUAUCGGUGCUUUCAAUGGUGUGAACUCCGCUGGGUCUGCUAUUGGCGCAGCAGCCUGUGCCUACUUCGCCGACAAGUAUAGUCGCAAGCACACCAUUCAAGUGGCAGCAAUCAUCCUCGUUAUCGGUGCAGCUAUUUGCGCAGGCUCGGUAAACAAUGCCAUGUUCAUGGUCGGUCGUGUCAUCAACGGCCUUGGUAUUGGUGCUUUGGUGACGGCUAUUCCCAUGUACCAGGCCGAAGUGUCAACACCAGAAAGUCGCGGCUUCAUGGUGUCGAUGCAUGGAGUUAUGUUCGCCAUGGGCUACACUCUUUCUGGGUUUAUCGGCUUUGGAGUAUACUUUGUAUCGGAAAGCGGUUCAAAGUCAUCAUUCCCAUGGCGAUUCCCCAUCGCAUUUCAGAUGGUCCCCGCCCUCCUCCUUCUCGUGGGCUCUCCGUGGCUGCCAUACAGCCCUCGUUGGCUCAUGAUGCACAAGCGGUACGACGAGGCCCACGAAGUAAUCAAGCGCCUGCACAGGUCGAAGGGUGACCCUCAUGACUCUCUUGCCCGCAAGGAGUACUAUCAGAUGAAGAAGCAGGUUGAGUUGGACCAUCAGAUCAAAGCCACCACUUCCAAGUGGGAAGUGUUCAAGACAGCGCCCAACCGGAGGCGGGCUCUCGUGGCCUUUUUACUCAUGUGGAACAACCAAUUCACGGGAGUCUUGAUCAUCGCGAACUAUGGAGUCAUUCUUUACACUCAGCUCGGCAUGACGGGUUAUAUGCCACUACUACUCAGUGCCUUAUGGGUCUUGUCAACCUUCCCUGGGAACAUCUUCUGUGCCUUUUUCGUGGAAAGAUUCGGCCGACGGAGAUUCAUGAUCAUAGGAUUGAGUGGUAUCCUUGUCAGUUUGAUCUGUGAAAUUGCCAUCCAAGCAACCUACUUAGGCACCGACAACCAUGUGGCGUUGGGAUUCGGAGUCUUCUUCAUAUUCUUGUUCAUUACACCUUUCUGGUCGACUUUCAUGGACGCCAGCCAAUUCCUCUAUGUGUCUGAAAUAUUCCCGACGCAUAUUCGUAGCCAGGGUAUGGCUGUCGGUAUGUGUGGUCUCUACCUGGCAGACAUCAUCCUGCUUGUUGCGGGUCCGAUCGCGCUCAAUAAUAUCGGCUGGAAAUUCUUCUUGGUCAUGAUCAUCCCUACGGCUUUCCACCUGGUCUUCGUCUACUUCAUGUGCCCUGAGACCAAGGGCCGAAGCUUGGAAGAUAUCAAUGCCCAAUUUGGCGAGCAGGUUGCCAUCCACUACUUUGGCGCCACCGAAGCUGAGAAGGAGGAGAUGGAGAAGGCUGCGCAACAAGACGAGGAGAAUGAACUUCGGCAACGGGCUCCCAGCACUGAGAAGGCCAGCGGAGUGCAGGAGCAGGAGCUUAUAGAGCCCAAGGCCUGA